UCUUCUUUACUGCCGACUUACUUCCGACGCUGGAUGUUAACCAAUGAGAAGUCAGCUUCGUUUUCCGGCCGCCUUGGAGCAGCGGCAGUCAUGGCGCCGCCCGUGCGGUACUGCAUCCCUGGCGAGCGUCUGUGUAACCUGGAGGAAGGCACCCCGGGCAGCGGCACCUACACCCGCCACGGCUACAUCUUCUCGUCGCUGGCCGGCUGCCUGAGCAAGAGCAGCGAGAACGGCGCGCUUCCUGUCGUAUCUGUGAUGCGAGAAACAGAAUCUCAGUUACUGCCGGAUGUGGGGACUAUAGUAACAUGUAAGGUCUCUAGCAUUAAUACACGCUUUGCCAAGGUACACAUCCUGUAUGUGGGGUCCACACCACUCAAGAAUUCAUUUCGAGGAACUAUCCGCAAGGAAGAUGUCCGAGCUACUGAAAAAGAUAAGGUUGAAAUUUAUAAGAGUUUCCGCCCAGGCGACAUUGUCUUGGCCAAAGUGAUCUCCUUAGGCGAUGCACAGUCCAACUAUCUCCUGACCACGGCUGAAAACGAGCUCGGGGUCGUGGUGGCCCACAGUGAGGCUGGUGUCCAGAUGGUUCCCAUCAGCUGGUGUGAGAUGCAGUGCCCUAAGACGCAUACUAAGGAGUUCCGGAAGGUGGCCCGAGUGCAGCCAGAGUUCUUGCAGACCUAAGAAACCAAUCUGUACCCACGGAGCAGGGAAACUGUUUCCAAGACCACAUGCAUGCAAGUAAAAUCUUGAUGCUGUUGUCCUUAUUCAAACAUAAUGGGGUCAGGGGCCUGAACAAGAGUAUAGUGGGUAUGGCACUUGCCUUGCAUGUAGCCAGCCCAGAUUCAGUCCCCAGCAUCCCAUGUGGUCCUUUAAGCACAGCCACAAGUAACUUGUGAGUACAUAGCCAGAAGUAACCCCUGAGCAUUACUGGGUGUGGCCCCAAAACAGACAAAAACCCAACUCAUGGGUCAGCCAGAGCCACGUCUAGAAAAAUCCACCAGAGCCUUCUCUGUAGACGGGCAUUUUUCCUUUGAACCUUUCAGUGGGUUCCAUUCUCUUCCUGGGUGAAUUUCUCUCUGAAGAACCAGCAGACAAAUUACGUUCUAUUGGGAAGAGCCUGUUUGUCUUAACAUUCUUGUAAAUAUGUAUUGUUUUUUGCUAUAACAAAGAAAACUUUUCUAUUAAAAGUAUGUUAGGCUUCUGUCAUCUUGAGCACGGACCAGAAAUUAAAUGGUGUCCUGACAUCCGGAACAGGGAUUUUACCUGGGGUGCCCAUUAACAGAUGUGUUCCAAAGAGUGCUUACUUGCAGGCCAGAGUCUAGUCCCCCCUAUUGUGGAUAUUUGGUGUUGUGUUAUAUGUGUUUCACCUUACCAAGUUCUGAUUGCGUGCAGCAGGCGCUGGGCCCAGUGCUUUAGGGAGAUUGCAGUUAAAUGAAAAUUCUAAAACCUAAUUCAGUCUAACAUUGAAUUACAGGAUCCAGAUACAGUAUAGAGGGUAGGGCUUUGAAUUACUGACCUGAAUUUGGUCCCCAGUACCCCAUCUAAUCCCAAGGCCUGCCAAGAGUGAUUCCCUGAGCACUGCUGCGUGUGGCCCAAACCUCUCCCACCCACCCCAAUCAAAUGAAUUAACAGAGGUAACAUACUUCCUCAAGUUUCAUCCAAAUGGUGACAUUUUGCAAUUCUUUGGGAUAACAGAAUGUGGACAAAGUUGUUUUGACUCUUGGUUCGUCAUCUGGAGCAAACCUCAUAGGGUUUUUAUGAGGAAUAAAUACACCAAAGUGCUCAGUAUAUUCUGUUAUUCUAGUUUAUUAUGUAUCUGGUUGUCUUCUCUCACUACAGACCCCUAUGCUCCUCUAUACUAGAUACUUAGGUGUGGUUGGUUUUAGGGGGUUUUUCUUUCUUUCUUUUUUUUUUUUUUUAGGCUUUUGCUGUCACACCCGGCAAUAAUCGGGUUACUCCUGACUCAGCACUCGGGAAUUACUCCUGGUGGUGCUCGGGAUGCUGGGGAUUGAACCCCAGGAUGGCUGCGUGCAAGACAAAGCAGGGCUACCUGCUGUACUGUCACUCUAGUUCUUGAUGUAGUUGGUUUUAUUAAAGCCCUAAUUAAUGGUAUCUAAAACUUUCCCUUAUAGACAAUGCCUCAGAGGAACCCCUGUACCAUAUCUUUCUGCAUGUCUGUUUCUUUUGCAAGACAGAGGCCUGGGUGUGGAAUGCUGAGUCAAAGAAAAAACACAUUUGGGGUUGUAGAGAUAGUACAGUGGGUAAGGCACGUGCCUUGCAUGUUGCUGACCCAUAUUUAGUCCUUGGCAUUCCAUACGUUCCCAGCAGCACUGCUAGGAGUGAUUCCUCAGUGCAGAGCCAGGAGUAACCCUGCAUAUCACCAGAUGUGGCCCCAAAACAAAACAAGUAACAACAAAUCCUCAAGAAUAAACACAUUUUACUGUUCUUUCCAUAGAGCCAAAUCUAGCAGUGCCUGGAGGCCACUGGAUUCAACUAGUGCAGGGGAUAGUACACAGGGUAUUGGGGAUCAAACUCAGGGUUUCAAGUGCUGUGUGCUUUUGCUCUACUACUUGCUCUAGCUCCCUGACCUCCAGUACACACAUUGUGGUGGAGGGACUCCUAAGAAGUACUUAGGAGAUCUAGAGUUACCCCAGGCCAUCAGUGUAGUCGAGGGCCCCAAGAAUGUGCGCUGCCAGCAACGUUGUUCUGGAGAUCAAACCUGGUUGAGCUGGCAUACUGUGUCCCUGAUUCCACAUUUUAAAUUGAUUUUGCUCUCUCCCUUUAUCGCCUUGCAGGAAGAUGCUGUCAGUUGAUCCUCUCAACAGUGUUGGCUGUUUCACUUCUGUUAGCUCUGUAAGGAAAGUGACCCUGCACAGGAGCACUAAUUUCCACACUUUCUAAUUUGAUUUAGUUAUUUUCGGGGCAUCAACCAGAGGUCCCUCCUGCAGUGCUAGAAUGCAGACCAGAGCUCUGGCAUGCCAGUAGAAAUGUGUGCCAGCGAGCUCUUGAAGCUAUCCCCUAGCCUCCACUUCCAGUUUACAAAAGGCGGGGCCAGAGAGGUAGUACCGUGGAUAAUUUGUUUGCCUUAGGUGCGGCUGACCAGGUUCGAUCCCCGGCAUCCCAUAUGGCCCCCAAGUACUACCAGGAGUAACCUCUGAGCAUCACUGGGUGUGGCCCAAAAACCAAAAAAGAUGCUGUUAGUUGAUCUUCUCAAAGUGAUGGCUGUUUUACUUCUGAGCUUAGUCACAGAGACGUCCCAGGGCAGAACACUUCAAGUCCGGGGCAGUGUGACCAUGAAGCCCACCCUCUCUCCUGAACUCUGGUGCUUCCUUUCUCCAGAUAUGGAGAAGCGUGAGCAUGCACUUAGAGGCUAUUUUGCAUCGACAUUGCUUCGUUCGUUAUGGACACUUGUUGGACAUUGCCCAUUCGUUCAGGAAAUAGGUUGAACUACUUACUCAACCCCAGCUGCUCCAGGAAGUAGGAUGUGAACGUGAAUGAGAUAGAGCCCUGUGGACCGAAGUUCUAGUGGGGAAAGCUGAGUAAACAAAUAAUUUCAGGCCCUGAAGAAGAAAGGUGUCAUCUAGUUUAGUAUUUGAAAUAGCUGGAUAAUAAGGCCUGGCCUGGUCCACAACAGGCCAGGUCAUCUUUUCACCCAUAAUCAUCCAUUUUGAUUUAUUACGUGUUUUAUGCCAGUCUCCCGUGCUAGUGUAAGCUUUUUGUUUGUUUUUAGGCCACACCCAGCAAUGUUCAGGGAUUAGUUCUGGCUCCACACUCAGGAAUCACUCCUGGCCAUGCUCUGGGGACCAUAUGAGGUGCCAGGAAUGGGCCCCGGGUCAGCUGGAUGCAAGACUUUACCUGCUGUACUGUUGCUCCGGCCCCUAGCCUAAGCUUUUAAGAUAGGAUUCUGUCUUAGCUAACUUUGAAGCCCCAUUACCUUCUAUCUUAACUGACACCUAGCAAAAGCCCAGUAAAAUCUACUGAAUGUGUCCAGCCUGAUGGGAGAGGCGUGCUGAAUGAUGCUGAGCAGUGAACCGAUCUGAAAUUAUCUCUUACUUGCUGGAUUGUGCUUCUCAUCAGCCUGAGCAGCUAAGCUUCAAAAUUCCCUAUAAAGGGGACCAGAGAGAUAGGAUAGUGUAUAAGGUGUUGCCCUGCAUGUGCCUGACCGGGUUUGAUCCCCAGCAAAUGAUCCCCUGAGCACUGCCAGGAGUGAUCUGUGAGGAGAGCGUGGAGUAAGCCUUGAGCACUACUGGGUGUGGCCCCAAAACAAGCAAUACUCCUUAUAAAGCUUUGAAAGAAAAGACAGAAAAAUGCUCUAGCUCCUUGCUAAAUGUGAGGGUUAUGAAAAAAAUUGGCAACUUAGUAAAAUAAUUGCGGAAAACUAAUUAAAAAUCAACUGUACAAUGAAUCUGAGGUGUUUCUGGCAUCACCCAUGUUGCAUUUCUCAGGCAAAACAGGGUAGCCAGGGGCUGGAGAGAUAGCACAGCGGGUAGGGCGUUUGCCUUGCACGCGGCUGACCCGGGUUCAAAUCCCAGCAUCCCAUAUGGUCCCCUGAGCACGGCCAGGGGUAAUUCCUGAGUGCAGAGCCAGGAGUAACCCCUGUGCAUCGCCAGGUGUGACCCAAAAAGCAAAAAAAAAAAAAAAAAACAGGGUAGCCAGUGGGAACGGUUUGUUAUCUUAAGUAGUUUAUCUUAAGCUCUGCCUGUGUUCUAGCUGAAUCUGUGGGUAGAGAGUCAGCCACUUGAGCAGAAAGUCACCAGGUGGGCCCCUGGACCCCCAAGCACCACUGGGGAGGCCCAGAAGUUGUGGCGGGUUUGCAUUUUUUCUUAAGUCCUGGAUAGCAGUUGUUGAUCUCUCAGUGCUAAGUGAUGGUUUCAUUCUCAUCCUGCUAGAAGGCAGGAGUUCUAGUCAGGAUUCUUUGAGUGCCAAGGAAUGGGACCACCCUAAAAUAUCAAAUGAGGGGCUGGGUGUUUGUCAGAAGUGAUCUUCAGUGCAGGGCCUCAAGUCAGCCCUGAGCACUGUCUGUGGUAUGUUCCUCCCCCAAACAAAAAGUAAAAUUAUGUAGAGCAUAGAGUAAUAUUAAUCUAAGUUGCUCCAGUCUUAGUUGAAGAGCAUUUGGUCAAAAAGAAGUAACUGACUUUUGUAUGAAGAUUCAAUGUGAGCUAAACAAGCAUCCCCCCAUGCUGCCAGACCAGUCAUGAGGGUCUCCCUAGGGAUACUGUGUAGACAAGUGACAGAAGUCAACUUGGAAGAGCUGCUUAACAAUCUUAGAAUUGGGGAGCUGAAGAGUAGUGGGUGAAGCCUUGCACAUGGACAGCCCGGCUUGAUCCCCAGUACCCAAUAAGGUUCCCUGAGCACUGCCAAGCAUAGCUCAAGAAAAACAAAAAGGAUUUUUUAAUAAUUUAAAAUUCAGACUUUUAGUUGAACUAAGUCUUUAUGGACUCCAUUACUUAAUAGUGUCUAUUUUAGCAAGUGUCUUCAACUCUUGGGCGUUUCCUUUCCUGUGGUUGUGCCCAGCUCUACAGGAGGGCCUGUCAGGAGUAGGCAUUGUAUGUAUCAAAUGUCAGAAUACACCUCAAUGACUGGGACAGACUUGCUGAGUGGUGCAUGUUAUUUGCUCCUACAAAGAGAAACAUUCUGAGCUCCCAUGUGCCUUUUAAGGGAGGGGCCCCCAAAUGGUGCUCAGGGAACCUGGUAAUACUUGGCCCAGUGCUCCUUGAGUUCAGCAGUGCUCAGGGAACCACAGGGCGCCACCAAAAGCCAGGCAUGCACUCCAGCCCUCUUAUCUGAAAGACCUCAGGGAGAAGGUAAAGGGGCACAAUGCUACUUCAAAUUAUGUCCAUUUCCUCCUGUACCGAGUCAUCUUAUGAGGUAGUAUGUAAUUUAGUUCAUUAGUUGACUAAUAAAGCUUUAGAGACUAAAGAGAAAGCUGUAGAUCCAGUUUAUACAUUAAUAAAAAUGGAGAUUUGUUUAUAUUUGGGGGGCAGGGGAGGAAACGGGUGGUUGUGUCAAGGAUUGAACCCAGGACCUCACUUAUAAGGAAAAGCAUUCUCAUAAAUCAGCCCUAGGAAUGGCUUUUUAAAAUCUGGGCCAGAGAGCACACAAAGGUUAAGUUAAGGUGCUUAACAGCCAACCUCGUGGCUCAGUCCCCAGCAUAUAUGGUUCCCUGAACACUGCCAGGAUUAAGGCCUGAGCACUGACAGGCAUGACCCAAAAACAAGGAGAGACUGGUCCACACACCUCUCAUUACUGUAAAGAAAAUACUGGAGACCCAGAAUUUGACUUUCCAGUCAAGGGGGACCAAGUAACCCCACAACCGUCUAAGAGGGAGAUGGACAGCAGGGAUGGAGAGCUCAGACAGCACAACCAGCCCUACACGUCAGUUCUCCCACAACUACACUACAAAAAUAAGCAGCUGAUGUGAAAGUAGUGACUUGUCAUCCUGAAGCUCUUAACCUGUAUGGAAUAUUUAGGGUUUCCUCAAGCAAGUUAUACGCAUCACACAGAAAUAUUGCACAUCACUCCUUUAUUAUACUGAUCUGGAAAAGAUUUAGUACAGUUAUGCUCAAAUGAGUACCAAGCAACUGGAACAUGAUUCAUAUGUGAGACUGAAAGACACGCUCUGACAUAGUCAAGAGGCAUUUCACUGCCACGGAACAGGGAAGCAGGGGGACUUAAACCCGGCAGGAACAGCCCUGUGAGACAGGUCAAAGGGCCUCUCAUGCCAGUGAGGAAUGGCUUAUCUUCUGAUGACCACAUGUGUGACUAUUUCAACUGCCACUAGAAAAACCAGAAGGGUUUUUGUAUUGUAUUAUUUAUAUGCCUAUAUUGAUCUUUUUGUGAAAGUAAAUGCAACACAAAACAUU